CCAAAAACUUCAAUGUAUCAUCAUGUACUCAGAAAUCAGGACUAAAAGAGGUAUUGAAACCAGCAGCUUUCAAAUUAAAUGGAAGUUUGUAGAUACCAUGGACAUCAUUUAUGGUCAGUCAAGGAUGUUAGUUCCAAGAUUCGAGGAAGCUCAAAUCCUGCCAAAUUCUCUUCAACUUCUUGAGGAUUUUACCACCUAGAUGGACUGACCUUGGUUUGAAUCUUGAUUUUUCUUUGAAACAAUAAGGAGAGAGGCUUUUUGAGAGUGGAAAAGAAGAGUCUUUUGCUUCUCCAACUUCUUUUCUCAUCCUUGUUCUGAGUUAGGUUGUGUGCAUCUCAAUCAUUUUCUUCGGCUUCUGUAUUAGCUUCAAUGAGGAAGCCAAAGCCACAACCUGAUCACCAACAACCCCUACAACCUCCUGCAAGAAACCGCGCCAUGCAACACCACACAGAUCACAAUACCAUGUCAGCUGAUCCCCAGGUACGCCAGGCCCUCUACAUAGCCAUGGCACAUGCUAGCAUUGCUCUCACAAUUUUCAUUCUUUAUGCUGUUGGUAAAUUGCUUCAAGAUUAUUUGAGGCCUCUUUUAUGGGCUGUCCUUUGUUCAAUACCUUUGAGAGGAAUUCAGCAAGCACUCGUUACAUUCUGGUCCGAACCUCUAAAACUAGGCCUCACCGAGACCAUAUUAGCCGUCCCCGUGGCUGUAUUCCGAGUUUCCAUUGGAACCCUUGUUGAAAUUAAGGAUAUGACACUCAGGGUUGUUCAUAGGAGGCAGAAACACAACGCUUUAAGGCGUCAUAGAAGCGGUUUUUUUAUAUUGUUGAGGUGGCUCGUGUCGUUUUGGGUGUUUGUGAUAACGUAUGAGCAAAUUGGUGGUGUUGGAUCAGUAGCGCUUCUCGCGUUGGGAUUUAUGCUCACAGCUAACAGUGUGGACUCUACUAUCAAUGCAGUGACAUCUCUUAGGAGUCAGAGUUUUCGAAGUCUCCCUAUCACUGCUUUCUUUACAAGAGGGAUACUAAAAAGAUUGAAGACCAUUGUGGCUAUUGGAUUGAUUGUCGGAUUGAUUCUAGGAUCCUUGGCAGGUAUGAUUUUCUUCUCUUAUAAAAUUGGAGUGGAGGGGAAAGAUGCAGUUUUUGCGUUGAAAUCCCAUGUAGAGGAGAGUAAUUAUGCAGAGAAAAUAGGGAUCAGGAAAUGGAUGGAUGAACACGAUGUCCCAGAGAUGGUGGAUAAGUACAGUACUCAGUUGUGUCAGACUGUAUUUGACCAGAUAGAUAGUUAUGCUAUGCAAUAUAAUAUGACUGAGUUUGUUUCCGGUAUCAAACAAUUUGUAAUAACCCCGGCGAAUAACUCUUCUGAGCGGUCCACAGCUUUGGCCUCCCGCUCCCCAUAUACUAAAAAGAUGUUGAGCCUAAAAAGGAGGAUUAAGGAUCUUGAAUGGGGACAAAUAUACACGGAAGUGGAGGCAAUUUUUAGGGAAUUGCUGGUUACCAGAGUGGACUUGGUUGAGAAGGCAAAAGGAUUUGCUCAACGUGUACUUGUUAGCAGCAAAUCCGUUUUAGGUGGCAGUGUGAAGGUCCUGUUCUUGAUUGGGCAUUCCAUCGUUUCAGGAGCUGCAGGGCUUUUCAAUUUUGUAUCUCAGUUAAUUUUAUUCUUUUGGGUACUCUAUUAUCUUAUCACCACGGAAUCUGGUGGAGUAACAGAACAGGUGAUAUGUAUGCUUCCCAUUUCGCAUUCUGCAAGGACUCGUUUUAUUGAGGUUCUUGAUAAAGCUAUUUCUGGGGUUCUUUUAGCAACUGCUGAGAUUGCGUUUUUUCAAGGAUGUCUGACUUGGCUCUUGUUCAGAUUAUCUUCGAUACAUUUUUUGUACAUGUCAACUGUCCUUGCGUUUGUUAGUCCUUUGUUUCCUAUUUUCCCCUCAUUAGUUUCAACUAUCCCAGCAGCUUUACAGUUGGUUCUUGAAGGUCGAUAUAUGUUGGCCAUUAGCUUAUCCAUUAUUCAUCUUGUGCUUAUGGAUUUUGGUACAUCUGAAAUCGUAGAGGAUUUCCCUGGCUAUAGUGCAUAUCUCACCGGUCUCAGCAUUAUUGGUGGAAUGACAUUGUUUCCUUCAGCAGUUGAGGGAGCGAUAAUGGGGCCACUAAUAACUACGGUUCUGAUUGCAAUUAAAGAUUUGUAUGUGGAGUUUGUUUUGGAAGGACAAGAGCAAUAAGUAUAGUAAAUCUUUGUUUCUUUCUAAUGCCCGGUGAAAUCCUCAGAAGCCAUAAGGAGAAGUGCUGCAACUUCAUUUGAUAGGUGAAGCGGUGUGUGCACUGAACGUCUUCUCGUUUGAAGUUUUGUUAUGUAUCCUGCAUGUGAUAAGACUUUCAUCAUAUCAAUGUUUUUCCCAAAUUGGCUCGAGGUUUAAUUCUUUCUCCAAAAAUCUGUUAAUUUGUGUACACAAAUUGCUAGUUCCGUAGCUAUUGGGUAGUUAGUAAAGUAGGUUAUACACUUGUGUGUUAUUUUUUACUAAACAUUAGAUUGAUUUCAUGAGAAGAGGGUUCAUUUAACGAUCUUCAACGUUUCUGAUGCCUGUAUAACUGGUGUAAACAUCACCCUUUACUCGUACAUUUGUCAAGUCUUGUUACAUAUGGCAUGCAUCUGCUCAACUUCUUGCUGGAAAAUUGCCUACCAAUUGGCAUUGAGGCAUAUUCAGCUAUUUUCCAUCAAAUGGUUACAAGUGGUUAGCGUCACGAACAUUCUCUGUUAUUAUGGGAUUCAACAAAGAAGAACGCGUUAGUAAAAAUACAAACGGGACUAUGGUUUAGCCUUUACGAGUAACCACUGGUCCAACUCAAUGCUAAAAAUUAGUAAGCUGGAAUCUGCAGAAAAAAGUAAUGGCACUUGUGGAUUCUAGACAACACCUAUGUCCAAGUUUGUUUAUGAGAUAAUUACAGUCCAAUGCUAAUUAAAUUUACAAAAUAGUUUUGUAUAUUUAA